GGAAACCAAUUGUUUUGAAUUUGGUUGGUUUCGGUUUUGGUGUAUUGUUGGUAUAAGUAUUUAUGGUUCAUGUAAUAAGCCUAAUUAUAUUAGUUACCAGGCACCUUAACCUAUGUCGGAGGAGAAAAGGCUAGAAUGGGAUUAGGAUCAAGCGUUGUAUCGACUUUUGAUGCAUUAGGAGUUGAGGGUAAGACAGGGGCUAAGAACACUGUUGGAUUACUGGAACCCAGGGACAUACAAAGUAAUUUUGCAUUGGAUUCGAGAAGUCUUUUAUCUUCGAUUGUGAACAACAUCCCUUUACCAAGAAUAGAACUGAUGUACUUUGAUGGUCAUCCCUGUCAGUACUGGUUGCCUAUGAGUCAGUCUGGAAGUGGGAUAGAGACUAAACUUACUGACAAAGGCCAAAUGUUGACAUGUCUCCUAUACUUUCACAAAGGGCAGGCAAAGACAGCGAUAGAAGCAUGUGUUUUGCUGUCUGCUGUCUUCGGAUAUGACAGAGCUAGGGAAAUCCUUCGUGAUUUGUUUGAACAGGAGCAUAUGAUUGCUCGAUCACUUACUGAUGACGUGAUUGGAAAUAGACAGUCAGUGGAGAGUACUGCUGGGGCUAUGAACGGGUUCUCUGUGAAGCUUAGGAACGUACAAAUAACAUUGUCCCAGACUGGCUCUGUUACAGACUUGGAUUUGCCGGCCAACUCGGAGGCUAUUCUCAGUCGGGUACCUAUUAUAUUUACAUGAUAGAUGGUCUGACAUAGCAGACAGGAUUUUGGUUACUUGGAGCGAACCCGAAUUCGGGGACUUUGUACUCUUUGUUGGGGAGGGAGCUAGAGUAGUUCGGUCGAGAUACGACUUGUUGAAAAGACGCAACUUGGAAAGUGGUCAAGUGAAAAGUUCUGGCUCACAAUUCAGCAGUAAACCCCACUACAAUUUGGUGGGAGAUGCCACUCGACAUGGAUAGGACCACAUGUACUGAGUUUCAUCUUACCUCAUGACUCCCACAGUCUACGUGAAUGUACGAUACUAUUGAAGAUGCCGAUUGACAAAAGAGGAUGGGUAGUCAAACAACUUGGUGUCUGCUACAAUUGUUUAAACAAGGG